AAGUUUUAGUUGUUAACGAAAUGUCGAAUUAUAACGAAGAUAUAAAUAACGAAGUCAUCGUGAUUUCCUCAGACGAAGAAGAGGAAUUGGUGUACUUGGAGACCAUUGAUCUCACCCGCGACAUGCCGUCCACUUCGGCUGCUGCUGCCGCCCGUGACGCCAAUGGCAUUGUUGGCGCUGCUCGCCAGACAGGACCCUCUCCUGUGGCCACCGCCACCAACGGGGAAACGGGUCCUCCCGCAUUUGAUGGAGCAUCGGGCACAGAGAGCGCUCCAUUGGAAUGCGCCGUCUGCCUCCAGACUUGCAUCCAUCCAGCUCGUCUCCCUUGCGGCCACAUUUUUUGUUUCCUUUGCAUAAAGGGAGUUGCUUACAAGAAUCGUCGUUGUGCCAUGUGCCGACGCGAGAUCCCCACCGAAUUUCUGGAUAACCCAACCCUAGUGAAUGGCAUCGAGGACAUUUGGGCCACCCGCGCCACUGAGGAUGGCUAUCAAUGGUACUACGAGGGACGCAACGGUUGGUGGCAAUACGAUUACCGCACCAGCCAGGACAUUGAGGAGGCCUUCAAGAAGGGCGAAAAAUCCUGCUCCAUACUCGUGGCCGGCUAUGUUUACGUGGUCGAUCUGGAGCAGCUAGUGCAACAGCGUCAGAACGAGCCCACUCGUUGCCGCCGUGUGAAAAGGGAUUUGGCCACCAUACCCAAGAAAGGAGUGGCCGGUCUCCGGAUCGAGGGCAACCAGGUGACCAGCGAUACUGUGUUCAGCCGACCAGCACCCAAUCCACCGACGACAAAUACAGCAGCAGCAGCUGCGUCUAGUUUCAUUUCCACAAUUGCCGCCACAGACGCUGCCAUCCGGAUUGCCAGCGACAUCAUUGGCUCCACGCUGGCCCAUGCGGAUGAGCUGACGCGGGGACUGGCGGCCAGCAACAUCAGCGAGGAUGCCAGCAGCAGCAGCGGUGAGCAAAUCAUGUCAAACAAUCUACAGGACUCUGAAACAGCAGCAGCACCAGGAGCAGUUGCACAUACAUCGCGCUCGCUUGCCUCCUCACACUCCAGCUCUAUUCAAGAUCUCCUGUUCAGCGCCACCGAGGAUCUGUUGAACACCCAGCAGGUGAUAGCCAGCAACCAGCACACCAUCGAUCUUUUCGAGCAGGCCUUGAACGAUUUCCAAGCCAGACUUACCUUGCACACCUUUGCGGACUCCAGUGAUGACGAUGAUGACGAGAAUGGGGAUGCGGAAGGGCCGAAUGUUGUUCCCGUGGAGGGGGAAUCGAGGGAUUUGGAGGCGAGCGAGUCGCAGCCAAACGGCAAACACGAGGGACUAUAAACAUAAAUCCAAAAACACACACAAUAUAUCCCUCACCCCACUCCUCCCAUACACUUAACAAAAAGAAAUGUUCCUCGUAGUAGAUUUCCACUAAACAGUGAAAGGAAUGUUAACUAGAGAAAUGCAGCGCGUACCUGACUAUAUAUAUAGCAGAUAUAUAACAUAUAUAUAUAUCGAGAGCAGAACAGAACAGAACAGAAUAUGUCAACAGGGUAAACUACACAUCACACAAAACAUAUAUUCCUUUCAAUCAGAUAGUAUAUCUGGGGUAUAUCUCAAAAGGGGGUUUCGAUGCGUUUAUUGGGAAACAGCUGAGCAUCCGAAUGCCUAGCCAAACUAAUUUACACACAAAAACAUUAAAAAACAUACAAAGCCAAAACACACAGAUAAACAGACACACAAUAUAUAUGUACUUCCCAAAAAACGCUCAACUACCCAUAAAAAAGCAUAAAAAAACCAUACCAUUCCGUUGUUAUUAAUAUAAAAUAUUAUCCCGUAAAGAGUUGAAUAUAAUUACUCCUCCUUUGUCGAGCGGAAAGAAAGUAGUAACCACCAAGAAAGCUAUGUAGUAGUGAGAACGACAAUAUAUACGUGAGAGUAUCGGGUUAUACUCGUACUCGAUUGGAGGAUCCUUGGAAAGAGUGUCCCAAAUUAUAAUAAGUCGACUUUAAGUGCGUUAAACAAAAAACAGUUCUGUGAGACUUAAAUAUAAUGAUUAUGCAUUAAGUUAUCAUUAAAAGCAUGAAACGAGAUCUGACAAGCCAGAGAACCUACAUAUAUAUUGUACAUAUAUAUAGUUCAAUGGCAAUUAUUAUUCCCCCGGUAUUAAUUAAUAAUCUCAAUUUUGUGACUACUAUUUUAUAGAUUCGUUUACGAUUUGUACCCCGCCAUUACUUCUAACAGCGAAAUGUGUAUUCGUUGCUUCCCUAAUAUCUACGAUAUACCUAAAGCUCUACUGAAAAUCGUAUCUCGAUUCCGACUUCGAACCACCCCCCAAUCCCGGUAAUAUCAAGAAAACAAUUAUUAUUAUCUGUAAUGAUCAUCCAGGGAAUGGGAACCACAAACACCAUCGCUUCGAAUGCCUAUUCAUUGCCAAUAAAUCUCCUUUAGCUUCCUUCGCUGUAAGGAUAACGCUUUCGCCACCACCAAACUGAUCUUAAAACCAUAUCAUUUGCAUGACACUUUUACCAUCUAGUCUAAAUGAUAUUAUUUCCCUAUCAACUGUUGGCAGCUCUAAAAGAGAAGCCAUACGUACUUAAUAAACUAAAUUAGCUUUUCAACAAUAAUAAAUGGUAUAACAAAAGGAAACAACAAAACACACAGAAAUGCCUGGCAGACAGACGCAUUCUGAACAUCAGCAGCACUCGCUGUUUAUUAACAGCACGACGUAGCAUUUAUUCCAUAAUAUUUUGAAUUUAAAUAUUGUAUAACUAAUGCAUUCAGUAUUUAAAAGAUUGUGACCCCCUACACCGAGGAACGUUGAAGAGAAAGAAAUGGCUUAAUGAAAGCUAAAUCCUGUCAAACAGAAACAGAUACGUUUACAUCAAAUGCAGAUGUAAAAGAUGAUAUUGUUUAAAUCCUAAGGCAUUUUGAAUGUGGUUUAUGUUUGGAAGUAGAGAAGCAAAUAAAAGAAAGAUGGAACUACAUGUAGUA